AUGGCAAAGAGCCUCCCCGACAUGGUGGAGCUGAUAUCAUCACCCUCGGCCGUGAAGAGCCCCGACUCGGAUGUGUCACCUAGGACCCAGAACUCUUCGAAGCCCAGGGACUAUUUCUCGCCGCAAGCAAAGGCGCAUUCCAGCGACUCGGAAAACCAGACCCCCGCGGUCGAUUACCGAGCAGCAACCACUUCUCCUACCAGCGGAACCAGCGCCUCCAGGCGCGCCAGCAUCGUCUCCCCUCUUUCCCUGGCCGAUAGCUUUCAGGAUGAGUCUCGGCGGACGUCACAGAGCGGCGGAAGCAGCAGCGACCGCCCUCCUGUCGGAUCUAGAAAAUCCUCCGCCGUUUCCAUAUCCUUCCAGGCUCCGCGCCAUCCCGCACUGCCGCAGGGCAAGCCCCGAAAGACCGACAACAGACGGCUGCGAGCGUCAUCACCUUCCCCCGUGAGCCAUGAUCAAUCGGCACUCCAGCUGGCUGUGCUUCGCAAAGAGUCAUAUGUCGUGGCAGCAUUGGAUUAUGUCACAAGCGCAACAUGGUGA